AUGACCACUACCAUCGACGAUCGUCAGCUUCGUCGAGUGAUCGAGCUUGCACACCAGUUCCAAGCCUACACGGAAGGAGCGCACAUCUGGUCACGCAAGUUCGACCUACGUACGCAAGCACGAAUUGGCCACCUGGUCACUUCUUACCCCGCCCCACCCGCUACCAACGACCCAUUCCCACCAAGCUGGGGUGUUGAUCGUUCUAGCCUGUCUAGUACUGUCAAAGAAUUCCUUACAAUUACCGACAAGCUAGUGGAGACUUCACAGCUCUCGCCAGCUUCUGGGUCUGAGCCAGAAAAUCCCCUAGGGAAGCGUGCCAGAACCAAACCCCGGUCACGCAUGACAUCCCUACCAGACCCAAAGCCAGGCCCAGCAACGAGUGACUCUUUCUCGGGCUACCGUGAGCCUCAGACAAGCCCCAGCCCAGACACCACUCCGCGUCGACCACGGCUAGAGCCUGAGCGCUCCCAGGCAUAUAUUGACUACCAUCUUGCCCUACCGCCAAGUACCGGAAACACACCAAGCACAACCCCCGCCCUACAGCGCGAGAUACUGGGAAUGUCAAAUCCAAGCCUCCCAACCGGCUUCCAAGCCACAGCAACAGCGAAUGACCACUCCCAGGCUCCAAACACCCCACUAACCGCGGACACGCCACUCACUGUCGGCACUGCGAUGCAUAUCUUCCGGCAAAUCCUCCGCGAGGAGUGUACGCACGAGCCACAGCCCCAACAAGGCCGCCAAGGCCCAAUAGGACCCCCUGGUGACAUAGGCCCGCCCGGCCCCCCGGGUCCACAAGGCUCAGCCGGCAUCCAAGGCCCAGAAGGCCAACCUGUGCUCGCCUCGCUAGACACUUCUUGGAAGCCCAGUGACAUCGGGCUGUUUAACCCAGAAGCUAGAGACCCUAGUGGCAAAGGGAUAAUUACAAUCUCCAACGUGACUAACUACAAAGAUGUCUUUGUCUUCAUCGACCGGAUAAAGGACCUCAUCCCUACCAAGUCCGAAGAGAUCGUACGAGCCAACCUAGCAAGCUGUCUACGCGGCUCAGCGCUAGGAUGGUACUCAUCUCAACUCUCUGAGCUUGAACGUACCGCUCUACACUCCAACCCCGUGGACUCUCCCGUAGGAUGGUUCCAAACUCUCGAGGCUAAGUUCCGGCCCCCCACGUUCAGACCUUCUCUACCAGUUUAA